AGUGACGGUGUGGACGGUUUAACCAGCCAUAACGACAGGGUGAACUGAGCCACUGCAGUUCUCUGAAUACAACUUUUAAGGUUUUCUGACACACAGAGAAAAUAUUAUCUCGCAGCGACGUCACGCUGUAUCUGACUGAGGGUGUCCGGUUUCUCAGCCUGAGGGAUUGCGAUGCCCUCUGACUUUAUCUCCCUUUUCAGCGGGGACCUCGACCUGAAUGCUCCCAGAUCCUUGUACUCAAAAGAAUCGGCGUAUGACCUUCUUCCCAGAGAGCUACAGUUACCUUCUUCCACUCAGCAGAACCCAAAAGCCAUGAGUCAAAAGAGCGGCGGAGAGGCAGGGCCUCCCCCUUCAGCUGAUCUAGCAUCAGAUGCCAUGUCCUCUUCUAUGACCAUGGAAGGCCCCCGCAGUGCUUUUCCCACCUCUUCCAGCUCCGGCAUCCAUUCCAGUACUUCCGCCAGUGACCAGAACCAAGUUCACAGCAACAAUGUUGACCAAGAGGACACCAGGAAUAGCAGAGUGGUACCAGAGGCUGUCGGAGCAGAACGUGGGAAUAGUAACGGCAGCAGUGGCGGUAACUGCAGGGGUAGCAGCGAGUUGGGAGGAGGAAGAGGCGCAACAUCCCAGGACGCCCAGUCACAUCACCAGAUGACCCCAUCUAAGCGACGCACCGUAUUGAACAUCUCUCCACCUCCACAAGACCUGCUUGAUGAUAGCCGUAUGUCUUGCCAGGAUGAAGCCUCCCUGGACUCCGAGCAGAGUAGCAGUAUGUGGAUGGAUGACUCUCUCUCCAACUUCAGUAUCACAAGCGCUGUGUCUUACAAUGACAACACAGAGGUGCCACGGAAGUCCCGCAAACGGACCCCUCGCCAGAGGCCUGGUCCUAGGUCUGUGCCUGCAGAGGAAGCCAGCAUGGACGUGUUUGAUGCAGACAGUGCCAAAGGUCCACACUUUGUCUUGUCACAGCUCGGCCCUGACAACAAGACUGGACCAAAAGGAAGCUCUGAUGAUCAUCAGACAGCUAAACAGAAAGUAGGAACCCUUUCAAUGCAAUACCCACAGAAGAGUGAGGGGAAGGAGCUGAAGAUCCUCGUCCAGCCUGAGACUCAGCACAGAGCCCGCUAUCUGACUGAAGGCAGCAGAGGAUCAGUGAAGGACCGCACUCAGCAGGGCUUCCCUACCGUAAAGCUGGAGGGAGUGAAUGAGCCAGUGGUUUUGCAGGUGUUUGUGGGAAACGAUACUGGCCGUGUGAAGCCUCAUGGAUUUUACCAAGCUUGCAGGGUGACCGGCCGCAACACUACAGCCUGCAAAGAGGUGGACAUUGAUGGCACAACCGUCAUCGAGGUGUCCCUUGAUCCAAGCACCAGCAUGACACUAGCGGUUGACUGUGUUGGAAUCUUAAAGCUCCGUAAUGCCGACGUCGAGGCUCGCAUUGGUGUGGCAGGGUCGAAGAAGAAGAGCACACGGGCUCGGCUGGUGUUUCGGGUCAACAUCCCCCGUCCAGAUGGUUCAGUGCUCACAUUACAGACUCCCUCUUCUUCAAUCCUGUGCACUCAGCCUGCAGGAGUGCCUGAAAUCCUGAAGAAGUCACUUCACAGUUGCUCAGUGAGGGGAGGAGAAGAGGUCUUUAUUAUUGGCAAAAACUUUCUUAAAGACACCAAAGUCAUAUUCCACGAGAAUGUUUCUGAUGAGAAGUCGUGGAAAGCAGAGGCUGAAAUUGACAUGGAGCUGUUUCACCAGAAUCACUUGAUAGUGAAGGUUCCUCCAUACCAGAACCAAUCCAUCACCUCUUCAGUGUGUGUGGGAAUCUAUGUGGUGACGAAUGCUGGGAGAUCUCAUGAUGUUCAGCCUUUCACCUACACUUCAGAUUCAGCAAAAAAUGAUGUUCCUGUGAAGAAAGAGACGCCCUCGUCUGUGAAGACUUGUUCAUUUGAUGAACAAAUUAAAGUUCUAGAUGAUGCGCUGAUGCCUUCAAUCUUGCCUUUAGUGAAGAGAGAAGAUGUCACUCCAAUGGAGGUCACCAGCAACCUCCAAUCCUCUGGUGUAUUUAAGCAGACUGGUGACAUGUGUUCAGCCCAGCAGAACCCAGACAUGACUGUAGGCCAUCUAAAUAAAAAUAGACCAUUCCCCAACAACCUGUCUCAGCCUGCAGGCGACCCUGACAAAGGCCAGGCUCCUGUUUUUACCAACACAGAGCCCUUAAGCACAAUCCAGAAGCAGGACAUUGCACCCACCAGCUCGUUCUCUGUGCCCGCUGACUCCCUGCUCCAGCAAGGCUCACAGCAGUUCCUCCUGGAGCCCAGAGAGGGCCUCGGGCAGGAGAGGCCCGGCAGCGGCCCCGGAGCGGUGGGGAGGCUGUGUGGAGAACCAGCACCUCAACAGCAGCAGCUGCCACUGUUCCCCCAAGACGAGGUGAUCCAGCUGGAGGAGGCAGUGAGGCAACUUAAAGCCAAAGGGUUCUGUAACUUACCACUUCAGUCUGACAACUCAAUGGCCAAACAGCAGCAACAACACAUCCAGCACCAACAACAGAUCCAGAAACAGCAAAUUCAGCAGCAACAUCAACAAAUUCAGCAACAGCAACAGCUUCAACAUCAGCAGGUUUUGGAGAAUUUACAGCAGCAGCUUUUUCAGUCACAGAUUCAGUUGCAGUGUGGCAUGUUUCAGGAUGCCUCUCAGGGCAAGAAUGCAGAACAGCAGGGCUCAUCACAAGGAGCGGUGCAAAACCAGGGGAGUCUUUUCCAACAGGCCCAACAGCAGCAACAGCAGCAGCAGCAGCAGCAGCAGCAACACCAGCAGCAGCAGCAGCAGCAGCAACAGCAGCAACAGCAGCAACAAGCAGCUCUCUUUCAGCAGGCGAGUGACCUGCUCUCUAUUCAGACCAACUUCCUCCAGCAGACACCCUCACACCCUUCAUCACCCAUGUUCCACAAUCCCAGUUCUUUGGCUGAAACACAAGAUCCACAGGGGGGCUUGUUUCAGAAAGUCUCUCAGGAGCAGGUCCAGGCUGCUCUCUUCCAAAACACCAUGACAGUACUACAGUCUCCAGACCAGCAGCCUUCAACCCCCGGACUUUUCCUCCCUCAGACGUCCCUGCCCUCUCAGCUUACAACCAGUAGUGCUCAGCAACAGCAGCAACAACAGCAGCAGCAGCAGCAGCAGCAGCAGCAGCAGCAGCAGCAGCUGGCCUUCCUCAGUGCUCUACAAACUCCUGCCCCUGAACCACAAUCAGUAUUUCAGGCUCAGACCCAGCUCUCCCCCAUCCAGCAGCGAAGCCCAAUGGAGCAGCAGCAGCCCUCCCAACCUCAGCCCCACACACAGCCGGCCCAGCAGCCUUCCCUGUUCCAGAACAUCUCCCCACAUCCAUCUGCAAACGCACUCUCUCCAGGCCAACAGCAGCAACAGCAAGCUGGCCUGCUGUUCUGCAGCAACCCCCUGUCCGCUCCGGACCAGGCCUCCAGCCUCCUAUUCAGCAGCCAGGGUCAGAUGCCACCACUGACCAGCAGCAGUCUAGUUUCCCAAGAGACCCAAAACCCCUCUCUGCUCUUUUCCCAAGCCAGCAUGGUGACAGUAAACCAGCAGGAUCGCUCUGAGCCCAUGGCCUUAGGGAACCCCACCGAUCCACGACAGCAAGUCAUGUUUCAGGAGCAACAGCCGAUGCAGCUGGGAAGCAGCUCAAACAACCGUCAGGAGCAACCUGUGGGCCUCUUUAUGCCUCAAUCUAACAUGGCCUCACUGCAGGGGGGACUGGCUGCUCAGGAGCUGGCACAGUCAGCCAUGUUUGCUUCACAGAACGGCGUGGCAAACCUCCAGACGACCACCUCCUCCCCUGUUCAACAGCCAGGGACUCUGUUUCAGACCGCUGUCAGUGGGAGCAUCAAUCAGCCCAGCCAGCCACAACAACCUGGCCUCUUCAUUUUUGGGAUUCAGAACGAAUGCGGCCAGCUAAUGACCAGUCCUGGAAACACACUGUCGGAUCAGAUUAUAGCUAUCAGCCAGUCUGGUCAGAACCAAAGAGAGAGUGAUGCACACAUCCAGUCCCUGCUCAGCCAGUCCCUGUCUCAGUCUGGGUCUGUGCAGAACAGCAUGAGUGCCUCUCAGAACAUGGAGAAGAUCGACGACUUGCUGGUCAGCCUGCAGGAGUCGGGCAGCAACUUAACUCGUUCAUACUAACCUUCAUACAGGUUCAUGGGUUUCGUCUCUUGUUUUUGUUUUUUACUGAUAUCUGGAAUUAUUUUAAGACGUAAACAAAUUGGUCAGUCUGUUGAAAAGUGUACACAGUAAAAUGUUUGGGAAUGUAUCAUGAAGUUUGAGACAAACUGAACAUUAUGUGCAUAUCUGAUCACCAAAUAUUUUCUUGACCUACUAAGACGUAAAUAGGUCUUGGCUGUGGAGGUGGAUUGACUUUAUGAUUGACUGGCUCCCCAUGUAAAAACAUGCAUGUGCAAGAUGAGAUGGACUCUAGGCGAGAACAGACUAAUUGUUGUCACAUUUGUCUCUUUUCUUCAACUUUUCCUCAGAAAAAGUGCAGGAACUUAAUGGCUUGUUAUUCAUUUAACUUGCGAAGUUUUGUGUGAUAGAUUGUUAGUGAUGUUAUCUGCAUCAUCUUUCGGUUCUCAUGGUGUUCUCCAAUGUGUUUAGUGGUUUCCAUGAAUACUGUUCCUUUAAAUACUUAUUUUGUAUUUUUAUUCCAUAGAGGGUGUGGUAUAGCAGGAGCAUUUGGACAGAAUGUGUUGUAUGUAUGGUCGAAUACAUCAAAGCUGUCGAAGGUAGCCGCUGUUGGCGUAGUUUGAAAUUAUUUUCACCUGUUUUAAAAGAAGGUUAGAGAGGUAGAAAGGAGGCAGAUAAAUGAGAGGUGGAAGGACAGCAGAAAUAAAUAGAGAAGUUUUCAACAAUAAUCUAUCAUAUAUGUGGGUGCUUAUUAUUUCCCUGUUUUAGCAGCUAGUGUGCACCUGAUAAUAAAAAUAAAUUCACUCAAACUGUCUCUGAUAGCUCACAAAGUGGCCAACAGCUGUGUAGUGAAGACGGUCUCUUCCAGCUGUGAAACAUACCUUUCAUUAGUAGAUACUUUGCCAUUUUCACCACAGUGUACAGAUAGCAUUUUGCGAUAUAGGUCAGCAAAGUCUGUAUUCAUCAAAACCAAACAAUGCCAGUUUGCUACUUUGUAGAACCGAUUCUCCUUUUAAUUCAAUACAUAGAGACCAAUAUUUUUAAAAAAGGUGGUGGUAUAAAUAUAACAAAAUAUUGGCUUUUUCAGUUCUUUACGAUGCUAUUCUUUAUGACCACUUUACUCAUCGAGGGUACAGCACAGUCCCAAAAGAGGUGGUUUUUUUAGCCACCUUUUCGUAAUUGUUUACAGUGACAAAGAUACUUUUCUUAACAUGCAUGUGGAUCCUACAUUUUUGUCAUUAAUGUCCUGUGUUUGCGUGGCAACAUUUGAGUAUUGACUCGCAAAUUUCCCUCCAGUGGAAUUUCUUUUAAGGCAAUAUCACUAAAUUUAUCACAUAAUCAGUUACUGUAUACCACCAUUUUCCUAGUGGUUAAAAAUGUAGUUUUAUGAUCUGGGUUUGUAACAGAACAGUGCAUUUCAAUUGCCAGCCAUGUUAUAACUGUCAUUAUUCAUUCCCACAACCUUAAUACAUUAUUUAUUCCUGAAAACCAGCUCACAAAUGUGGACAAAUGAGGAUGAAGACAUUUUUACUCAAACAAUGUAAUUUCAGUUGACAUGCAACUGUUAUUUAAACGCAUGCACCUACAGCAGAGUAGAAUGUAAUAUAGUAUAUUAUUAUUAUUGUUGUCAUAAGGGUUAGAUCAUUAUGUCUUUUAGUAUCAUGUGAUCUCAUCAUUCUGCGUCAGGCACGCACGAACUGGAAUAGUAUUCUUAAACCAGCCAGAAAAGAGCCUUUUUUAAAAAAAGCAGUUUUAUUAAGGUGAUGGAUUUAGUGAAUGUUGAGGAGAAGCAAUAAGUUGUUGGCUACAUUAUACAUGCAGGUUAAGCUGUUAACAUGCAGGAACAGUGCCCAUUUUACAUGGUUGCUUCUAAGUGUAAACUGUACAAAUUCUAAAGACUUAAAGUCUUCGUCUGCAGCUGGCCCGUGUUCCCAGGACCAAAGUUCGACCCGAAUCUCGCUUUGCAUAAAUCCUGAUGACAGGCCAGUUUUAUGGCUCGUGAGCUUUUCUUUUUUUCUGACUUGAAAAUUAACUUUAAAAUUAUUAUUUUUGCCUCCUAAACAUUACUAGGCACGAUGUCCUGCUGCCAUACUUUUCUUUCUGAUUGUUUGUUUCUGGCAACAAAAAAUAAACAUGUUUGUGUCAUGUUUAGUUUCACUGUAAGUGUAUGAAUGAACAAGGGGCUGGUCUCUGGUGAUGACAGCAUUCUUGUUUUCUACAUUCACUUUGUUAGAAACACAUAAACACAUUACAUUUUAUACACUUAAAAAUCAGAAACAGCUGUUGUUUUAUGAUGGAGAUUAUGUAAACUUGACUAAUGUGAUUUGUGAAACUAUGGUGCAUCAGUUUGAUUGGUUUUUAAAGGGACUCUUCUCCUGAAGGAAUCCUGACUUUGGCGAAAAGAUCUGUGAUUGGCUUUCUUCAAAUCGUGAAAUAGAAGACCUAAGAUUUGCAGUGCUGCAUAUUUAUGAUUUUAUUUGUUUUCGUUUGUUUUACAAAAGUUAGAGAGACUUUUUUUUCAACAUAGUUCCUGUGCCUCUUUUCAGAGAAGCAUAUCUAAUUUAUUUCAGUGUUGGUUAUUAACUAAAUUGUUUCCCCGUAAUCAUUGUCGUGUUUAGAAAUGUUCUAACUGAACUGAUGACAGCAAUGUUAUUGGCCCCCCACCCCUGCUUAUAAUGUAACAGGCACCUUGUGAUGAUGAUAGAUACUGAAGUGCUUUGUACACUAUGAAUAACAUGUACAUUGCUGUGCUCUGUUACUAUUUUGUGAUUUUGAAAGGUGUAGUUAGUAAUAAUAUACACAUUAAUGGACAUAAUGUGUUUGUUCAAGGCAUGUCAUUGGACCGCUGACCUUGUAGUACUUUUUGACCAAAUAGCAAACAGCAGAGGGAAAUGGCACCAAACAGUUUUUACUGUAAAAAUCAGAAAUCCUCCUACAGGACCAAAAUUUAAGUAUUUUCACUCUGAAUAUAGUACUGAAUGUGAUUAUACAGCAUGGCUGUAAGUGUCUCACUUAGAUGCAGGAUGUUCUUUUAUACACAUACUGGGGAGGUAAUUACUUUUUUGAAAUUACAGUUUCCUCAUUUGUGUAUUUACAAUGUUAAUUGGAGAUCAGAAAUAUAUGAAAGUGUGGCUCAAUGUACAGUCAGUGACGGUGCAGUGAGUAAUUGUGUGGAAAAAAGGGGGGUUGUUGAUAAAGGUUUUAAUAUUUCCUUAAGAUCCGCCCGGCCGGCAAGCUUUAUGUUUCUUGCAAUAGAACAAGAUGUGGUUUUCUAUUAACAUUACCAGUUAAUUUAAUAAUAUCAACAAAUUGUCUGCUACACAAAAAGUCUGCUAUCACAGGUGUUAAAUUUUUAAUUGUUUCCUAAAAUGUCACUUUUGACACGAGUAGAUAUUGUACAUGUGCCUUGAGGAGAUGUUGUAGUAGCGAUCAGAUUGAUGUUUUACCAUUGUUGCCUGUUUAAUACCCCGCUGGUGCUGCCAGCGAUGAUUAGUUCUCAUUAAUUAGAAUGUUUUAAGCCAUAAGAUUUUAAGUGUACUUUAAAAGCUCGACAACAGUGACCAGAUAAAUGUGGUUGUGGUUGAUAAAUGUGUUGUGCAAUUUCUGUCAUGCAUCUAACUUGUUUGUACUGAAGUAUCCAUUGCAUUUAUGUUAUACAACGUUGAUGCAGGCAAAUGUUCUCUGAAACUGCUAUGCAGCUAAAAUACUGUAAAUGUAGAUCUGUUAGUUUUUGAAUAUAUAUUUUUCUAAAUAGCCUCUCCAAAGUAGAAAACCAAAGUAGAUGUUGUUUCUAUUAUUUAUGUUGCUUGUUGAAAUGUUUUCUGAUGCUUUGAGUGUCGUCUAAUUUUUAAAUAUUUUAAUCAAAUAAAAUGCAAAGUCCUCUUCUCAACAACCAUCUCAGACAUAGCUUUUUUUUCUUUAGUGAGACAAGGGUCACUAAUUGUUUGUCAGUCUUCUUUAUUCCCUUCUUGCUUGCGGGGUUUAUGUGGAGGUUUGCGUUGCAUCCAGGCUUACUGUUUACUGGUUCCUGAUGUUUCUGGCUUCUCUCAGGGCCUCUGAGUUAUCAGGAUGUCAUGUCGUUCUCACACGUCUUCUUAUUCAUCUUGUUCUGAGUCUGACAUUAUUAUUAUUAUUAUUAUUAUUAGUUUGUAGUUGUAGUUGGUCCUGGAAAUGGCAAGGAGGGAAUUUUGCCUUUUUGUUUUGAACAAUGUGAACAGCUGUCAAAUAAUCACCCUUGUGGGGAAUAAAAACCCUUUCUAUAGA